AUGAGGAGGAACAAAGAAGAUUUCAGUCGGGACUCGGAAGAGACGCACAAACAAAUUAUUGACGUCUCUUCUCCCUCAACUCUCCGUCUCUUGGGAAACUCGAUUGCUGUAGACGCCAUGGCUAAAAGCUACUUCAAGUUGGAGCAUCCUCUUGAGAGGCGGCAGGCUGAAGCUGCUCGUAUCAGGGAGAAGUACCCAGACAGAAUUCCGGUUAUCGUGGAGAAGGCGGAAAGAAGUGACAUUCCUGACAUUGACAAGAAAAAAUAUCUUGUUCCUGCUGACCUAACUGUUGGUCAAUUCGUUUAUGUUGUCCGCAAAAGAAUUAAGCUUAGUGCCGAGAAGGCUAUCUUCAUCUUUGUCAAAAACAUUCUCCCACCAACUGCUGCAAUGAUGUCCGCAAUCUAUGAGGAGAAUAAAGACGAGGAUGGCUUCCUUUACAUGACUUACAGUGGCGAGAACACAUUUGGAACACACAUUACAUACACUGAAUCUGUCAAGGCCCGACAGACAUCGGCCACUUCACAGAGCACCGCCGCAGUCCGGCGCCAUUCGCCGUCAGUCGAUAGUCGAGAACGCCAACACCCGUCGUCUGCUUUAUUGUUCACCCGUCGACCAGAAAUCCGACGACGCGAGGUCGUCUUCUCCGGCAUCUCAAAAUCCGACGACGAGGUCGUCUUCUCCGGCGACGCAAACCAGACAAGCUUUCAGACACACGUCCUCUCCGCCUCCAUCUUCGCCAUCCCCAUUCAAGACAACGCCGAGCAACCGCCACCGUCGGAGCCGCCAUCACGGUCGGAUUCUGUCUGCCUUCACAAGAGUGCCGUGCAACCGUUCAAGUCUUCGUCUCCGGCGUCAUCCUCCAGCGUCAAGAUCGACAUAAACACCCUCCGUUCAGAUUCAGCGGCACAAAAAAAAAAUGGACCUUCAAGCUCGAAGGUCGACCUUCAGUGGCGGUUUGUGGAAAAAAAAAAAAAAAAAAAACAUCGCCGGACAGCGGCCGCUGGAGACGGCAACGCCGAUAGUCGUUGGGCGGAGAAGCUGACGGCGUAG